AUGGAUGAAGGACAAAAUCACCAGCACGGCGAGAACGUGCAGCAAAACCAAGGAAACCCAGGCAAUGGUGGGACCAUUUCACACUUGAGUGCUGGCUUGAAGUCAGUAUCGCUCUCGGACCAACAGCAAAAUGCCGUCAACCUCAAUUUAUUACAACAGCAGCUCCAUAAUGAAGCCGCCAACAACCAUGCUACUCAAUCAAGAAUCAGCCAGUUCUUCGCCAACCAGCCUUCUGAGGGCUAUACGCUAUUCUCUCACAGGUCAGCCCCUAAUGGCUUCAAAGUUGCUAUAAUAUUACUGGAGCUUAAUUCUCCCUUCAGCACCAUCUUCUUGGACUUCAAUUCUGGCGAACAAAGAGCCCCUGAAUUUGUUUCCAUAAAUCCAAACGCCCGAGUACCUGCCCUCAUCGACCACAAUAACGAAAACACCUCCAUCUGGGAGUCAGGUGCUAUCAUCCUCUACUUGGUGUCCAAGUACUUGAAGGACAAUGGUGAGUGCCUGCUUUGGUCUGACAAUCUCAUUGAGCAGUCUCAGAUUGCGCUGUGGUUGUUCUUCCAGACCUCUGGCCAUGCCCCCAUGAUUGGCCAGGCAUUACAUUUCAGGUACUUCCACUCAUGCCCGGUGCCAUCUGCCGUGGAAAGAUACACUGAUGAGGUGAGAAGAGUUUACGGUGUCAUUGAAAUGGCAUUGGCCGAAAGAAGAGAGGCUCUCAUCAUGGACUUGGACAGAGAAAACGCAGCUGCAUACUCCGCCGGCACCACGCCAUUAAGUCUGUCAAGAUACUUUGACUACCCAGUUUGGCUCGUAGGCGACCGCGCUACCGUUGCCGAUUUAUCCUUUGUUCCUUGGAAUAACGUCGUUGACCGUAUUGGCAUUAACCUCAAGGUUGAGUUCCCUGAGGUUUACAAAUGGACCAAAUACAUGAUGAGGCGACCAGCUGUGAUCCGUGCUUUGCGUGGAGACUAG